CUCCCUAGCCUCUCUGCUUUCCACCAUGGACCAGGAUUAUGAGAGACGUCUCCUACGGCAAAUCAACAUACAGAAUGAAAACACAAUGCCUUGCGUAGCAGAGAUGAGAAGAACCCUGACGCCUUCCAAUUCUCCGAUGUCUUCUCCUAGUAAGCAUGGUGACAGGUUCAUUCCCUCAAGAGCUGGGGCCAACUGGAGCAUCAACUUCCACAGAAUAAAUGAAAAUGAAAAAUCGCCAAGUCAAAACAGAAAAGCAAAGGAUGCUACAUCAGACAAUGGCAAAGAUGGCCUUGCUUACUCUGCCUUGCUGAAGAAUGAACUCUUAGGAGCAGGCAUUGAGAAAGUGCAAGACCCACAGACAGAAGACAGGAGGCUGCAGCCGUCCACGCCGGAGAAGAAAUCUCUCUUCACUUAUUCGCUCAGCACAAAACGCUCUAGUCCCGAUGAUGGCAACGAGGUCUCACCAUAUUCCCUGUCUCCUGUCAGCAACAAAAGUCAGAAGCUGCUAAGAUCACCUCGAAAACCAACUCGGAAAAUCUCAAAGAUUCCUUUCAAAGUGCUGGAUGCCCCAGAGCUGCAGGACGACUUCUACCUGAACCUAGUGGACUGGUCCUCUCUCAACGUCCUCAGCGUUGGCCUUGGGACUUGCGUUUACCUAUGGAGUGCUUGUACUAGCCAGGUAACCCGGCUGUGUGAUCUCUCUGUGGAAGGAGAUUCUGUAACAUCUGUGGGCUGGUCAGAACGGGGGAACUUGGUAGCUGUUGGCACUCACAAGGGCUUUGUACAGAUCUGGGAUGCAGCUGCAGGAAAAAAGCUCUCCAUGCUAGAGGGGCACACAGCCAGAGUCGGUGCCUUGGCAUGGAACGCAGACCAGCUCUCUUCUGGGAGUCGAGACAGAAUGAUCCUUCAGAGGGACAUCCGCACACCACCCCUACAAUCUGAGCGGCGGCUCCAGGGCCACAGGCAGGAGGUCUGUGGGCUCAAAUGGUCUACAGACCACCAGCUCCUGGCCUCUGGAGGAAAUGAUAAUAAGCUCCUUGUAUGGAAUCACUCCAGCCUGAGUCCUGUCCAACAAUACACAGAGCAUCUUGCAGCAGUAAAAGCUAUUGCCUGGUCUCCACACCAGCACGGGCUUCUUGCCUCCGGCGGUGGGACCGCUGACCGCUGCAUACGCUUCUGGAACACGCUCACCGGGCAACCUUUGCAGUGCAUCGACACUGGGUCACAAGUGUGCAACCUGGCCUGGUCAAAACAUGCCAACGAGCUAGUGAGUACCCACGGAUACUCGCAGAACCAGAUCCUCGUCUGGAAAUACCCCUCGUUAACUCAAGUAGCGAAGCUAACAGGGCACUCGUACCGAGUCUUAUAUCUGGCGAUGUCCCCUGAUGGGGAGGCCAUAGUUACGGGAGCUGGAGAUGAAACUUUGCGCUUCUGGAAUGUCUUCAGUAAAACUCGCUCGACAAAGGAGUCUGUAUCUGUUCUCAACCUCUUCACCAGGAUACGAUAA